CUGGCCGGGGAGUCCGGCCAUCCUGAACUGGGCCGACUCAAGCUGACUUAUGAAAAGUCCGCCGGCUUUAGUAAAAACCUCCUUUCCCCGCAAGUGGUCGCGCGUCGCUGGCCUUGCGCCACAUGGAGCCGUAGGAACAGCCUCCGGGUUUCUGCUCUCGGACUAACUGCGCGUCUGUGCGCCUGGGGGGGGGGGGGGGUGGUAACUCUUUCCAUCAUGACUUUUGCCAUGCUGCGGCCCGUGGCCACGCACUUGCUCUACUCGGACUUCGGCGUCACGUCGGAGGACGAGGAGAACCGCAGCGAGAGCGACGGCGGCUCGGAGCAGAGCUUCUGCGGCUCCGGACACAAGCGGCGGCGCACGGCGGCGCGCGCCCUGGAGGGGGACACGGCCGUGGUCAUGAAGCAGCGGAGCGCGGCCAACGCCAGGGAGCGGGGCCGGACCCAGAGCGUCAACACCGCCUUCACCGCCCUGCGCACCCUCAUCCCCACCGAGCCCGUGGACAGGAAGCUGUCCAAGAUCGAGACGCUGCGCCUGGCGUCCAGCUACAUCUCCCACCUGGCCAACGUGCUGCUGACCGGAGACGCGGGCGCGGACGGACAGCCGUGCCUCGGCGCGGUGCACGCGCAGGGGGAGAGCGGAGGGAAGCAGCCGCGCACCAUCUGCACCUUCUGCCUCAGCAACCAGAGGAAAGGGAUUAAGGAUGGAAAAGACUGUUUGAAAAUGCGAGGGCUGGGUCCACUGCGAAUGAGGCGCUGACUGAAGACCAGUGGAUGAUUAGAAACCUGAAAAUCCUCAAAGACUUUCUCAGGGAAGAGUCGAAGCUGGGUUUUUUUUUCUUUUUCUUUUCUUUUU